GGCACCAGGCACCAGCAACCGGCCAACCAGUACCAGCCGCGCCGCGACCGCCGAGCUGAACAAACCGCCAAGAAGGAAGGGGAGGGGAGAGGGGCCAGUGCGCGCGCGCGGGACAGACAGCAUCGAGAGGGAAUCGCCGGGGAUGGGCGGCGCUCCGCGACGACCGGCGGCGAUGGCGGCCGUGCCUUCUUCGCUGCUCCUGUUCGCCGUGCUCUUCGUGGGCCGGGCGGCGGCGUACGGAGACGGCGCGACGGCGCUGCACAGGCACGCGGCGUUCUUCGACCGCGACGGCGACGGCGUCGUCACCUUAUCGGAGACGUACGGCGCGUUCCGGGCUCUCGGAUUUGGAUUUGGCCUGUCCAGCGUCAGCGCGGCCUUCAUCAAUGGCGCCCUCGGCAGCAAGUGCAGACCUGAAAAUGCAACGUCGUCGAAGUUGGACAUCUACAUCGAGGACAUCCAGAACGGGAAGCAUGGAAGUGACACAGGCUCAUAUGACACUGAAGGGAGGUUCAUUCCGGAGAAGUUCGAAGAGAUAUUCGCCAAGCACGCCAAGACCGUCCCAGACGCCCUGACAUCGGACGAGAUCGACCAGCUGCUCCAAGCGAACAGACAGCCCGGGGACUACGCCGGAUGGGCUGGAGCAGAAGCGGAGUGGAAGAUCCUGUACAGCCUCGGCAAGGACAAGGACGGCCUGCUCCACAAGGACGUCGCGCGGAGCGUCUACGACGGGAGCCUCUUCCACAGGCUCGCACCCAACUGGAAUUCUCCCGACAAGGAGAAACUGAGACGUGAGAACUGAAGCCGAGAGGAGAGAUGGCCAUGCCAUCUGCGUUCUCUCGCGCUGCCUGCCCGUACAAGCAAACCCGAUUAAGAUAAGGGCCUGGGCUCUGAACACGCUGUCAAGCAACAUGUAAUAGCGGUGUGAACGGGUGUGAACGCUUAUGAAAGAUUAAAGGGAAGUGUGAACGGAAUCUGCAGAUAGGUCGACGGAUGGUUCCGUGCGGUCUGUUUGUUCGUAUCCUGGGACCGCGAUGGUUCUGUAGUCUGUACAUGCAAGUGGCUGCCAAUGGAUUUGCAUGCUUGACA